CGUUUAUUCGGACACUUCCGGUGGAAGAAGCAUUGCUUUUCUUCAAGUGUUUUGUUUGUAUAAGUGAAGGUACCAACACAAUUUCAAGAUGCCGCGUAUUAUGAUCAAGGGUGGCGUUUGGAGGAACACAGAGGAUGAAAUUCUCAAGGCAGCUGUCAUGAAAUAUGGCAAAAACCAGUGGGCUAGAAUUGCAUCUCUCCUGCACAGGAAGUCUGCAAAACAGUGCAAGGCUCGAUGGUACGAGUGGCUGGACCCCAGCAUCAAGAAGACAGAAUGGAGUCGGGAGGAGGAGGAGAAGCUCCUCCAUCUGGCCAAGCUGAUGCCCACUCAGUGGAGAACCAUCGCACCCAUCAUCGGCAGAACUGCUGCUCAGUGUCUCGAACACUAUGAGUUUCUCUUGGACAAAGCACAGAACAGAGAUGAUUCUGAGGACGAUCCGAGAAAACUAAAACCAGGAGAAAUUGAUCCCAACCCUGAAACGAAACCGGCGCGACCUGAUCCAGUGGACAUGGAUGAAGAUGAACUGGAGAUGUUGUCAGAGGCCCGAGCCAGGCUGGCCAACACUCAGGGAAAGAAGGCCAAGCGGAAAGCCAGGGAGAAGCAGCUGGAGGAAGCCAGGAGAUUAGCAGCACUACAGAAGAGGAGGGAGCUCAGGGCAGCUGGCAUCGAUGCGAAGCAGAAGAAGAGGAAGAAGAGAGGCGUGGACUACAAUGCUGAGAUUCCAUUUGAGAAGAAACCAGCACCUGGUUUCUACAACACGUCGGAGGAGCACUACAAUCCCCUGGACCCCAACUACAAGAAGCUGCGGCAGCAGAACCUGGAUGGGGAACUCCGCAGCACCAAGGAGGAGAGAGAUAGAAAGAAGGACAAACAGAGACAGAAGAAGAGGAAGGAGAAUGACCUUCCUGGAGCCAUCGCUGCCCAGACAAAUUUCACAGAGCCUGUCAAGAAGAGGAGCAAGCUGGUGCUUCCCGCACCACAGAUCUCAGAUGCCGAACUUGAAGAGGUGGUGAAGGUGGGCCAGGCGAGUGAGUAUGCCCGGCAGCAGGCGGAGGAUGCGUCACGGGGGGAUACUGCCUCCAAGGGACUGCUACAGGACUACAACGCUACUCCUAACGCUGUCAAUCUCCGGACUCCUCGCACACCCGCUGCACAAGACACAAUAUUACAGGAAGCCCAGAAUAUCAUGGCGCUGACUAAUGUGGACACUCCACUCAAGGGGGGACUCAACACCCCCAUACACAACAGUGACUUCAGCGGGAUCACCCCCAAACACCAGACCUCCCAGACACCCAACACCGUCCUGGGCACACCCUUCAGAACACCAGGACAGGUUGGGGAAGGAGGUAUCACCCCAAGGACUGGCUUGACCCCCCGUGGAACCCCUCAAGGCACCCCGAUGAGGGACAGACUGAACAUCAAUCAGCUUGACGAGGAAGAAGCAGCGCAGUAUGACAAAUUCUACCAGAGAGAUAUGAAGGAACAGUUGAGACGGGGCCUGGCUGGACUACCGGCACCAAAGAACGACUAUGAGAUUGUUGUCCCAGAAGAUGAGCUGCAGGGCAGCGAGGAAACAUCGGCUAUAGACAACCACAUCGAGGACCAAGCAGACAUCGACAACGCAACCGAACUGGAGAUUCAGCAGCGCCGUCUGGAGGAACUCAAGCUGAGGUCACAGUCUGUGCAGAGAGACCUUCCAAGACCCACUGAUGUCAAUUCCAGUAUACUGAGGGUUGUUGGACCAGGAGAUCCACCUCUUAGUGAACUGCAGAAGGCCGAGGAACUGAUCAAACGUGAGAUGAUCACUAUGCUGCACUACGACGCUGUCUACAGCCCCACCCUGGCACAGCUGGGCAUCACCCCUGGGUCCAAGAAGCCUGUGCCCAGCCAGAAGAGUAUCGUGAACCAGGCCCAGCAUCUGGCUUUCCUGGAACAGCAUUCUUACGACACAUUCUCUGAGGAGGAUCUGCAUGACGCACGAGCGAUGAUGAAACAGGAAAUGGAGGUUGUGAAGGACGGGAUGGGCCAUGGCGAGCUGUCCCUUGAGGCGUUCUCCCAAGUGUGGGACGAGUGCUACUCUCAGGUUCUGUUCCUGCCCUCGCAGGGCCGCUACACCAGGGCUAACCUGGCCAGCAAGAAGGACAGGAUCGACUCUCUGGACAAACGCCUGGAGGCCAACAGAGGACAUAUGACAAAAGAUGCAAAACAGGCUGCCAAGCUGGAGAAGAAGCUGAAGAUAUUGCUGGGAGGCUACCAGUCACGGUCACAAGCUCUGGUGAAGCAGCUUCACGAUGUGUAUGAACAGAUUGAGCAGACAUUUGUUGAGCUGAAAACAUUUGAAAACCUCCGUCAACACGAGAUUGGAGCCAUUCCUAAACGCAUGGAGUCCUUGACAGAAGACGUUCAGCGACAGACGGAGAGAGAACGAGAGCUACAGAAACGAUAUGGUGAACUUCAGCAUCGACGAGACAUUAUCUACUAGUGGCCGGGAUGUGUGUGUAGAGUCUUGGCUGGGACAUCAGUUACAAUGUGUUGUAGCGUCGAAGUGAUGCAAUUAGAUGAUAAAGGUCCUUGGGUUUCCAGAAACCUGGGGUCCUGGGUUCGAAUUCCAGUUGACAUGUAUCGUGUUUCUGGGUUUGUCAGCUCCAUACAGUUGUCGGUCUCUGAAACUUGGUAAACGUCUGACACCUGCAUCACCCACGUCAAGCCAGCACACUGUCAUAUAACUGAAAUAUUGUUGAAAGUGGGUUUAGACCCAACUCACUCACUGACUGGACGAGUGCACUGCUGUUACAGCAGACUGGUGGACC